AACCGGAAGCUGAUGCCAAAGUUCGUGCUGCAGAAGGAGAUGGAGAGCCUGUACAUAGAGGAGGUGCGCACGUCCAUCAACCUGCUGAUGGCCAACCUCGAGUCUCUGCCCGUCUCCAAGGGCAACACCGACUCAAAGUACUCGCUGCAGCAGAGGCUGAAGAAGUACCACAGGGCGCAGAACGUCGGCUUUCAGUCGAGCCGUGGCAGUGACUCGCAGGAGGAGACUGAAGCCCAGCUCACCAAGCUAGAUGUCGUGCUCUCCUUCACACUUGAGGUGGUCGUCAUGGAGGUGAAGGGGUUAAAGUCGCUGGCACCGAACCGCAUUGUCUACUGCACGAUGGAGGUCGACGGAGGAGAGAAGCUUCAGACGGACCAGGCCGAGGCUUCGAAACCAUGCUGGGACACGCAAGGAGACUUCACGACGACACACCCGCUGCCCAACGUGAAGGUGAAGCUCUACACAGAGAGCUCGAGCGUCUCAGCAUUCACGCACCCCCAUCGCUUCCAGGUGGUGAUCCGCCCGAACCCGAUGGACCCCAAGGUGCCUGGCUGGCACAAGAUGCAUGUGCCGAAGAAUGCAGCUGACCAGGACCUGAGAAUCAAGAUUGCUGUCAAGAUGGACAAACCACAGAACAUGAAGCACUGCGGGUACCUGUACGCGAUGGGCAAGACUGUGUGGAAGAAGUGGAAAAGACGCUACUUUGUGCUCGUGCAGAUCUCACAGUACACGUUCGCGAUGUGCAGCUACCGCGAGAAGAAGACUGAGCCAACCGAGCUCAUGCAGCUAGAUGGCUUCACGGUCGACUACAGCGACCCCGUACACGACCUGGAGGGAGGCAAGCACUUCUUCAACGCGGUGAAGGAGGGGGACAACGUCGUGUACGCGUGCGAUGAGGAGAACGAUCGACACCUGUGGGUGCAGGCGAUGUACCGCGCGACGGGCCAGUCACACAAGCCUGUGCCACCCACCACCGUGCAGAAGGGGCAGCCCAACGCUAACUCUCAGAUCGCACGCAUACAGGGAGACGCAGACCGAGCGAGGAAGCACGGGAUGGACGAGUUUAUCCAGGCUGACCCGGGCCGCUUCAACCACAACUACUUGUUCACGGAGAUGCAGAAACUCACGCUUGAUCACCGACUGAACGACACCUUCUGCAGCCUCGGAUGGUUCAGCCCGGGACAGGUGGUCGUGCUGGAUGAGUACUGUGCGCGCUACGGCGUACGCGGCUGCUACAGACACCUGCAGUACCUAGCUGAGCUGCUCAACCGCGCUGAGCAGGGCUGCAUGAUCGACCCCACACUCAUACACUACAGCUUCGCAUUCUGCGCCUCACACGUGCACGGCAACAGGCCUGACGGGAUAGGCACGGUGCUGCAUGAGGAGAGGGAGCAGUUUGAGGAGAUCAAGGAAAGGCUGCGCAUCCUGCUCGAGAACCAGAUCACGCACUUCAGGUACUGCUUUCCCUUCGGCCGACCUGAGGGGGCGCUGAAGGCAACGCUCUCCCUGCUGGAGAGGGUACUCAUGAAGGACAUUGUGACGCCAGUGCCACCAGAGGAGGUAAGGGCAGUGAUCAAGAAAUGCCUGGAGAAUGCCGCUCUCGUCAAUUACACGCGAAUCUCUUCGUAUGCAAAGAUAGAAGAGAGCCACGAGCUGUGCGAGUCGCCGAAGAAGAGGCUGGAGGACCUGAUGCACCUGUCGGAACUCUGCAUCGACCUUCUCCAACAGAACGAAGAGCACCAUGCCGAGGCGUUUGCGUGGUUCUCCGACCUGAUGGUGGAGCAUGCUGAGCUGUUCUGGUCUCUGUUCGCUGUGGACAUGGACUCUGUGCUGGAGGCGCAGCCAGCCGACACGUGGGACAGCUUCCCUCUGUUCCAACUACUCAAUGAUUACCUUUGCAACGACGACACGCUGUGCAAUGGCCGCUUCCACAACAAGCUGCGCGACACGUUUGCACCGAUGGUGGUGCGCUACGUCGACCUAAUGGAGUCCUCGAUCGCCCAGUCCAUCCACAAGGGCUUCGAGCGUGAGAAGUGGGAGAUACGAGGGUAA